AUGCAAUCAUACAAAACCAGACAUGGAAAUUGGUUCGUCUUCCUUAGGACAGAGAAGCAAUGGGCAGCCGAUGGGUCUUUCGGGUUCAAAAAUGGCUCUUCGUUGUUUGUCCUAGUGUAUGUAGCUCAUACAAUCAUAAUUGGAGACUCUAAUGAUGCAGUUUUUCUAGUAAUUCAGCAGCUGAAUGUCAAGUUUGCGUUGAAAGAUAUGGGUGAACUUCAUUAUUUUCUUGGGAUCCAGGUUACUAAGACUAUUGGUGGUGGUCUGGUAUUGUCACAAGAGAAAUAUGCCAAGGACCUGCUUAAGAAAGUAGAUAUGGAGAACUGCAAGCCUUGUAAUACACCUCCACCUUCUUCAGUUAAAUUUUUUUACUUUCGAGGUUCAGCAUUCAAGGACCUUAAACUCUAUAGAUCAGUGGUGGGCAGUUUAAAAUAUCUUACAGUCACUCGUUCGAAAUUAGCAUAUUGUGUAGGCAAGGUCUCACAGUUUAUGCAAAAUCCCUUAGAUGAACAUUGGAAGCUAGUUAAAAGAGUACUGAGGUAUAUGCAGGGGACACUCAACUUUGGUUUAGACUUGUACAAAACAAGUGUCCAGCAUGUUAAAGUCUAUAAUGAUUCUGACUGGGGAGGAGACCCGGAUGAUAGGAAGUCCACUGACGGCUUCUGUGUCUUUCUUGGAAGCAAUCUAAUAUCGUGGAGUUCGAAGAAGUAA